AUGAUGUGGAAGUUUUUGGUGAGCUGCAUUGGAUUGCUGGCAGUUUCACAGGCAGCUCCAGCUGAAGGACAGACUGGCAGAUGCAGCUAUGCUGGUGUUUUUCUUGCGGAGGGCAGUGCUCCGUCCUCUCUGUCCUUCCAGCAAGCGAUGGAGUUGUGUCAGAGUUUGGGCAGCAGUCUGGCUACAGAGGAACAGGUUAAAAUAGCCUUUGAGAAGGGCCUAAAAACAUGCAGACAUGGUUGGAUUCAUGGCCAAAACGUCACAUUCCUCCCACACACCACUGACCCACACUGCCCCUCCACAUCCAAUGAAGUAGUUUCCCAUGCUAAGCCCUCCAGCUCUCUUCAUGAUGCCUACUGCUUUGAUGAAUCAGGUUCGUCAGGCUUGGACUGUGACUCUGCCAUCACUUCAGGUCCUGACACAUCUCAAAACCAGCCAGACACACAAGGAAAUGGAAUUCCUACAGCACAGCCAGAUUUAAAUGAAGACAUCACAUCUCCUCCUCAGCAGAACAAUGCAGAUAUCACAGAACAAACCAACACUGCCCUCCAAGACCUUGGGGAGGUUCAGAAAGAUGCUCAGACACCUACAGAGCUCCCAAAUGAGGAUUUCCCUGUCGAGAAAACCACCGAGAAACCUAACUAUCAGACCACAGAGUUCCCAGAUACAGUGGAUCUAGAGGAAGAACAAUACCUGCCCAUCAUCACCACAACCCACAGCCCUGCUAAAGACUCUGCUCAAACCACUCACAAAUCCCUGUUCCCUGAGUUAGAAGACAUGUCUGGAUCUGGAUCUGGAUCUGGGUCAGACUUUGAGUCUGAGCGAGAGAAAGACAAAGUGAUGCCCAGGAUCUUCCUGGAGCAUGGCUUUACCAAAGCACCACCAAAGCAGACUCAGGCUCCAGAUAAUGAAGUAAAACACCCCAUUCCUGCUGUUGAAGCUCCUUUCAGCGCUAGAACCAACAUAGGCCAGAGAGCUGUGCCCCUUGCUCCAGAGCCAACUGUAGCUGCUCAGGCACAAGAGGGUACACCUGGCUGGCUGAUUAUCUUCUCAUUUGUCUUGGUGGUUGGAGCCAUAGUUUGUAUAUUAGCCGCCAUUGCAACCAGGGACAAGUGGUAUGGACCAAUACGUAAGAUGACAAUCACAUCCAGAAAAGGUGACAGGACAGAGAAAAAGCUACAGCCCAUCAUGAAAGAACAGGAGAUGGUGACUCUCGUGCGCUGUGAGCCGAAACAACAGAAUGGCAAGGUGGAGGACUUCACUGUCAUUUCACUGGAGGAGUGCCCAGAGAAAGAACACCUAAUGUAG